UAUGUGUGCAUGAGUAACGUGAGUCUCUCUUUAGUUUCAGAUGCCUCUGGAUGUUCAAUGAUARCACUUCUCCAUACUGGAGCAACAAAGUUUCUCCAAAACUUACUUUCAAGGGCAAGACAAGCUGUGUCCCCCCUCCUCCCRGCUGGUGUUCUCAAAGGGUUCAGCUCCAUUGUAAGCAAGAAACUGGCGUCCCACGGCUUUGGAGCUUCCAUGGCAGCAAUGUCAUCCUUCCCUCCACAGAGAUAUCACUACUUCUUAGUGCUGGAUUUUGAGGCUACAUGUGAUAAACCGCAGAUUCAUCCUCAGGAAAUCAUCGAAUUCCCUAUCCUGAAGCUGAAUGGCAGGACGAUGGAGAUCGAAUCCACCUUUCACAUGUAUGUUCAGCCUGUGGUGCAUCCCCAGCUUACGCCCUUCUGUACAGAGCUGACUGGGAUUAUUCAAGGCAUGGUGGAUGGGCAGCCGAGCCUCCAGCAAGUGCUUGAGAGGGUUGACGAGUGGAUGGCAAAGGAAGGCCUCUUAGAUCCCAGCGUCAAGUCGAUUUUUGUGACCUGUGGAGACUGGGAUUUGAAAGUGAUGUUACCAGGACAAUGCCAGUACUUAGGGCUGCCGGUUGCUGAUUACUUCAAACAGUGGAUUAAUCUGAAAAAGGUGUUCCUUGAAGUGGCCUUCACAGCUCUCCACCCUUUCAGCCGACGACUACGUCAGGGGAAGAUGGACUUGUGCCUCCCCGCAGCUUCAUUGCAUAUGCACACGCUGUCUGCCCCGGCGGCACGAUUGCCUUGGUGAAGAAUCCAAGGGGCUGCUGAUAGCAAUCAUUGAUUAAGAGGGUAAUUGUCCUGAAAAUUCAGAUUGAUCAAAAGGCAGAAAUGAUAACUUGUGUAACUGUGUUUAAAACCACGUCCUGUCAAUAGGGGAGACUGAGACGUGGCGAGCAGAAAGCAGGGAGAAUUGGAUGUGCGAGCGGGUGAGUGUGCCUGUGCUUYGGGGAGGAGGGGGAGCCAUUCUUCCUUGGGGUCCGUAGCAGGAUGUUUCUUGUCACUGACACUGGGCUAUUGGAGAUUCAAUCACUUUUAUCUUCCCCUCUCUCUCAAUCCAAAUGCCUUUUCAUAUUAGAAAAUUAGAAUCAGCUCUGCUCAUGCAAGAUUUAUUAGCUCUGCUGAGCAAUACCACAGAAGAGUAAAUGAUGUCGCAUUUCAGGGGCUUUUUACACAUUAUGACCAAACUUGCAACUUCUUAAGUAUUUUUCCAUUGAGCCACUGCAGGAUGUUAAAGGGAUGGGGAGACAAACUUCUCUCUGGAAAUAGUUCUGCACCAGUUCAGAUGUYUUUUCUUUAUUAUCAGAAUGAUUGGAUUUGGAGUCUAAUACAGAUCUUUUCUUUUGGGCUCAGUUUCUGUGCUUAUUGCUCUGGAAAUCAAACUCUGAGAAUUGAGCCUGUUUAUUGCAUUUUCUUCUUGGGUCCCUUUGUGGAAACUCUUUUUGGUGCUAAAUGGGUGUCUUUGGAGCUCUGCUGCUAGCUGGCACUCAUUUACAUCUGAAGAAGGCAAAUCUUGUUUCYUGCUCACUUUUUUCCCCGUGUGUUUUGCACUGGGUGGCUCCUUUUUUAAAUGCCUUCCAACUCUGUGUUGUACACAGCUCAUGUUUUGCGUAGUGAUAGUCCUUUGGUUUUCAGGCAGUAGAUGUUAAAGCUCUUUAAAGACAUGAAUGAAUUUAGGCUYAUACCACUCAAUAGGUGUUAUUGUGGGGAUACUGAAGCAUGGAGGAUUGGAUGCUUUUCCUGUGAAUCCAUAUCAGAGAUUGAAACAGAAAUUAGGUCUCAUUUCCUUCCCUGCCUCUGGACUUCAUCCACAAGGCUUUUCACUUUCAAAUUUCUUUGCAGGCAUUAAAUCCAUGCAGCCUCCUUGUGGGCUGGCCGCACAGGAGGGUCAUUCAGCUACAAGAGUCAGAAUGACUAGUUGCUGGAAACCUCUGCCUGAGCUUCUGUUCAGUUUUUCUCCCCAUCUCAAAAAUUAAAACCUUUGAGAUACACAGUACUUCACUCGUGCUACACAAAUACCUGCUCUCUACAGCAUUCCACCCCUCUUACAAUGGUCAUUUUGUAUGUAGCCCCUAGACAAAAAUGGCUGUUGUCCAGGUAAACAACAUUUUUUAGCUAGAUCUGGUUUGAAAUAUUCUCAAAAGGGAGCAAAUUUUUCUCCAGCCAUCUUUUUUAAGGGAAAUAGAUAGCACCACACAGGGAUACUGAUACCACUGCUCAGUGUCUCACACCAAAACCAGCAUUAAACAGCAGAAACUGGAAUCAAGCUGCAGAAGGAAAUAGUUCAUUCAUAGCUUCAUCUGCUGUCAUUAUGGUGUGGUGGAGCCCAGCACCUGCAGCUGAGCUUCUGCCAGCCUUUUGUCUAUUUGCAUCUGACUUUUCCUUGACAUGGCCAAGCUGCUGGGAGGAUUGCAUUGCAGAUAGGCUGGAGGAGAGGCUGGGACAGCCUCAUGGUUAAGGCUCCAAAUGCUCAACGUCAUCCUCUGCUUGGCAGGAGUAAAGGGACUUUAUWAACUGGCAGUACUAAUUACAUUUAAAAUAACACCAUACUUUGGUCUGUCCAAGUGCCAGUCUAACUGGGCACAAAGUUUUGCCAUUCAUCUUAACAAAAGGCAUUUCUAAAGAGCUGCUUAGAACUGUGGCUGGCAGGAAGGGAGGUUUCUCAUCAAGUAUCGGUGCUUGGGAGGCAGAUACACUUGACAGGCACAAGGACUUGAUUUUUUCCCCUUCCGUGUACAAGCACUAUGUAUUAUUCAAGGUCUUCUUAAGUCAAUGCUGGGUUAUUAAUCGGUCGUUUCUCUGCAUGUUAAAUUUGCCUACUAAUUUCAAGGCUCUGGAAGGGGACUGCGGGUAUGAGAUUGCAGWGUUUUCUUCCCUGCUGUGAGUCUCUGAACACCCAUGUGUGCAGUCUGGGGCUGCUGCACCCCCUUGCCUUGAGUUCAGAUGAGAUAUUGCUGCUUGUGCACCAGCUGCAUGGGGAGGUGAGGUCCAGGUUAUUGACUUAAUGUUCCUGUUUCCAGAUAGUCACUGAUGGUGGGGGGAGCAGGGGCAGGGCCAGAACAAUAAAAGCUUGCUGAACCUUGAGGGAUCAAACAAGAUCCCCACAAGCCACCUCCUAAGGACUAGGGGUGCUACAGUCUUAGGUGUCAUCUGAUGGGUGUCCAGGUGUGGGGCAGGUAUUGUACACAGCCCAGCAGGGGUUUGAUCCAUAACAUAAGGCACUAUCUGUCGCCCUUUGGCUCCUGCUGUGUUUGCAGACUGAUGUAAUGAGUUAUUUGCAGCUGGUUUGGAGRCAGCAUCUGUGUCCUGGGAUUCUCUCUCCCCUGUCCCCCAGCCAGACUUGCAUGCUCCGCUCUCCUSUCCCUCCACGAGCUCUGGCGGUGCUGCCUGUGGUAGGCAAGGCACGUGGGCCAGUAGCGCCUGCACGUUCCAGGAAUCACGUCAGCUGUCAUUACUUACAUUACCUUGAUUGGGAACAGUCAGUUAUGUCACCGUUCAUCAUCGUGGCUCUCCCAGGAGACGCWGAGGAAGGAGGUGAGGAGCAGGAAUUAUAAAGCGCUUCUGCGGUGCUCUGCCAAUCCCGCUGCUCCRUUGGCUGAACAUCUGUCAUCAGGCAGCUUGAAAAGAAGGUGCUUUGUCUGAUGGAUCUUCCCAUUGUAGCUCCAUAGGGAGGAGCCUUCUGCAACACCAAGACUGCCCCACAGGAAGAGGACUAGGGACUCUWGUGGAGUUUAACAUGAAGGGAAUAAUGCUGCUGCCUGGGAAGCUCUGUGGGGUACCGCAGUAGAGCCUGCUGGGCUGCUGGGRCCACAGGAUGGGCUCUCCUGGCUGAGGGCUUCUUCGAGCCAGGUAGAGUUACCAGAACUAUCUCCAAGUCCAAAUGAGUCAGAGCUUGGAUGUGGACAUUGUUACCAAGUGUGACUGCAGAGGAUUCCUGCCCAUGUCUCAGGUGGGAGCUCAUCCUCCCUUUGGCMAGAAGCUCCAAAUUCCCCUGAGGAGAAUGAGAUCUGGCUUUUGAUGAAGGAAACUUCUUAUUUCUAAUGGAAAAUUAUCUGGAAAGUUUCCGCCCUCUGCCCCAUUUGAUUUGGGAAUUUGACUCCAGUUCCAGCAACAAAUGUCUUUACUGUGGUUCCCCUGGCAGACUGGGGGACAGCAUGUGGCAGUAGAUGUGUUCAUCUCUGGUGGCAGAGCCCAUGGUGCCAUGUGUGGGGAGGACAGUUUGUCUGUCCAGCAGUCUCUUGUAAAURAAUUCAUGACUGAGCUGAGGGUGGGUUUGAGAGGGUAAGAAGRAACAGGAGCUCUGUGGCUGUAGCCAGGAGGUGUUCCAGGGCUGUAAGGCCCUGUUCCCCAAGGCUUGUGUAACAAGGUUGUCAAGGCUGAAAGCAGGAAUGGUUCAAGAAGCACGUGUGGCCCAGCAGGACACACUGAGAGUGGGGAAAGCAGUGGAGCCUCGCUGUGUUUCAUGCUAUGGGUAUUGGUCCUGGCACUGUGACUUUGGGAGAAAUGGUUUCUGUCAAGCACAGUGCUCACAUUUUAACUUCUAUUUACUGGGCAGAGAGCAAGGUUGUUUGACAACAUCUGGACCUCAGUAGUCCCAGUAUGUGGUUUUUCAACCCAGCUAGGGACCUGGCAGUGCCUCUCCCAAGGUAUCCCAAGCUGCUGAAGGGGAGGAAAGCCAGGACAGGAGAGGUCUGCACCCAGGGUCCAAAGUAGGGAUGGAAAAGAAAUUCUCUGGUUCUAUAUGUUUUUCCUUGUAGCAGCUGCAUCACAGGCAAGAAGAUUGUUCAAAGGGAGAUAAAAAACACAGAGGAACUGKCUGGCACCAGUAGUGCCACAUGGGUGCUGCACAGAGGUGUGAGUAGGUCAUGGGUGGCUGAAACAGCCUGGUCUCAGUCUGUGCAAGGCAUCUUAUGCAAGUACAGCCAGCAAGGUCUGACCUGUGAUCCAUCCUGUCACUUAAAGAGCUUCUACUAUACACAAGUGAUGCCUUCUGUGUGCCAGGGGCAUCGCUGCAGUUACUCUUAGCUGAGUCUGAAGAGCUCUUGCUGUCWCCAGCUUUAGGUGUAGGCUUUGUUGUGCUGGAUGGCCCAAGUGCAUAGAAUUUGCUAGGCAAAGAAGAGACUGAAAAGGGUACAUGGAGCAGAGAAGAAUUGUUCUUGAGGAAAGGUGGGUUUCCAUGGUGGGUGGGUAGCUAGUGAAGUGAGUAAAUACUUGCUAUAAACACAUUAGAGCAUCUCUGUGUGAAGAACCCAGCACAGCUUUUCUGAGUGAAUAGAAAGAGAGCCCGGGUUCAGUUCAUAUGUCUGUUUUCAUUUCUUUUCUUCUUCUGGUCAACUGUGSCUGUAGAUAAGAGUUUUCUAUUUGAAGUUCAGAAGGGAAGGGAAACCCAUUGUUAGAAGGGGAGACAUUUUUUUUGCUUGAUAUCUAUCUCCAGCGACACAGCRGAGAAGGAAAAGAUUUGCUAUGAUAAAGGUAGGUUUAAGGAGAAAAAAAAAAAAAAGGCACAUUGAGUGUUGCUUUUCUCUGUACUUCAAAGCCCGGAGUAAUAUGGAACAGUAUAAAAGAAGAGAGAAAAAAAAACAACCUAGCCCAGUCUCUGCACGGGGGCUGAGAGUGCCAUUAUAGAGUACCAUCGUGGCCAGAAAUCCAGAGCUCUGCCUGAGCUGUUCAUCUGGGCUCGGCAUGGUGGUGUUCAGUAUGCACAGCACCUGCCCGGAGUCYGCAGGGAUGGGCUGCGAGGGGGAUGGAUGAUCCUUAGGGGGGAAAGCAGAGGAAAUGUUUUGCAGGUGUGCAUCCUAUAGAAGAACUGAACCAAGGGAAGUCGCUCACUGGAAAGAAAAUCAGGCAAAUGUGGAAGCAGUAUGGGAAAAA